CAAAUGAGAAGUUUACUCGUCCUGGCCGUCCUCGUGACGGUCACCCAGGCUUUCUCCGUCUUCCAGAACCCGCCCUGUUCGGGAACUACGCCCUGCCUGAUUAACUGUGUGGUGAACUCUCGCUGCCCAAUCUUCAACCCAUCCAAGCCGAUUCUGCUCGCCGGUCCGACCUGUGAUCGAUUCUACAAGUGCGAAAGUGGGCGCGCCUGCGAAACCCUCUGUCCGGGUGGUACUCACUUCAAUAUCCGCGAGCAGGUCUGCGACUGGCCGCACCGUGCCUGUUGUGAUCCUUCCAUCGAGUGCCGUCCGGACCCGUGCGGACCAAAUGGAGAUUGCGGAGGAGGUGGUGGUAUCUAUCCGCCGCCGCCGCCACCACCACCACCACCAACGCCAGUUGUACCAGAGCCUCCGUGCAGCGGUACUGGUAUCUGUGCAAGCAACUGCCCAGUAGACAACCGUUGCCCGAUGUUCGACGGCUUGAAGCCGACCCUGCUGCCUGGACAAAACUGUGGUGUGUAUGCCAAAUGUGUCAGUGGCCGUGCCUGUCCGAUGGCAUGCCCUGCUGGACUUCACUUCAACUAUGCCAAGCAAAUCUGCGACUGGCCGUUCCAGGCUUGCUGUGAUCCCAACGUCGAGUGCCGUCCGGACCCGUGCGGACCAAGUGGAGAUUGCGGAGGAGGUGGUGGUAUCUAUCCGCCGCCGCCGCCACCACCACCACCACCAACGCCAGUUGUACCAGAGCCUCCGUGCAGCGGCACUGGUAUCUGUGCAAGCAACUGCCCAGUAGACAACCGUUGCCCGAUGUUCGACGGCUUGAAACCGACCCUGCUGCCUGGACAGAACUGUGGCGUGUAUGCCAAAUGUGUCAGUGGCCGUGCCUGUCCGAUGGCAUGCCCUGCUGGACUUCACUUUAACUAUGCCAAGCAGAUCUGUGACUGGCCGUUCCAGGCUUGCUGUGACCCCAGUGUUGAAUGCCGUCCCAAUCUAUGUCCACCGGGCGCUUUUGGUUGUGGUCAGAACAACAACUACAACAACCAUUACAACAACAACAACAACAACUGGAUGUGGGGUUAA